AUGUGGGCAAUCGCACACCCGGAUAACCAGACAAAGCGAUGUUAUGAUAUGUACAACGCAAUCGACUAUUUAGUACGCGCUGCAAUUGAGUCUGGGUUAACUUAUGGGGUUUUCGACAAGGAAUGGAUGUUCAAACGGCCGGAGUCGGCUGCCACUGAUGGCGCUCUGUACUGGGACCAGACCGACCUCAUUGCCACGUCUGAACAGCUACUCGAACAAAUAGACUGCCCGCUGGUGUCUAUCUACUUCCUUGAGAUCUUCCCGCUAUUUGCAACCAUGCACGAGCACUUUCACACGAUCGAUAAGCGUGACCCGAAAUCCUGGGAGCCAACAGGGCCCGGCCAGAUCAUCAUGCGGACAGAAACAUCAACACGUGCAGAUUAUGAAGGAAUGGGAUUAAUGAAACUGAUGGCGCACUGGGAGAUAAAGGACGCGGCGGCGAAGGGCUUCCGGGGUAUCAACAUGGAAACACUACACCUGGCAGUCGAUCACGUCUGGAUGUACCCACACAAAACAAAAUCGGACGCUAAUUAG